ACGAAGUUCAUAUUUGGUUGUUUUCGGGGAGCGAGCAGCCUCAUAGUACAGGGGCGCAGCGCUUGGGCUUUUUUCCCAAGCUCACAUCGUCUUCGCAACCAACAAGCCACCCACUCGUCAUCUUUUUUUUGCACCGGACAUAUGACUGAAAAGCAGUGCUACUGGCUCGCAAAGUCCUCCAUUCAAAUCCAUUCAUGCAACUGGGUUUACGCGCCCAGGGGGAAAAAACGCAUAAAAGGAAGCGCCCACGACCGCUUUUCAGCUUCAAUUUUUGGGUUCUGUAAAACAUUUUCAGCUGAACCAUUAACUUUAUAAUCAAAUUCACAAUUCUCUCACGUUUUUUACAUAGCAAGAAUAUCAAAGCAACAACAAUGCUAUCAUCGUUGCUCACAAGCAGCAAACCAGGCCUUAAAAUGCGCGGCGGCGCUGCCACAUCGUUUGCGCGAGCAUACCUAACCACAAAGGCCGCUUCUUCAUCGUUGUCUUCGUCGUGGUCGGCAUCUGGUGCGUUGCGCAAGCCAAUGGUGCUCGGCAUCCGGCGCGAGGACAAGAACCGCUGGGAGCGGCGUGUUGCCCUGACACCAGCGCACGUCAAAAAGCUAAUCAAGGAAACCGGCGCGCGCAUCCUCGUCCAGCCAUCGAACACGCGCAUCUUCAACAACGCGUCGUUUGAAAAGGCAGGAGCCACAAUCGAGGAGGACUUGGCCAAGGCUGACGCCAUCCUAGGAAUCAAGGAGGUGCCUAUCGCGAAGCUGAUUCCUGAAAAAACAUACGUCAUUUUUUCUCACACGCACAAGGGCCAGUCGUACAACAUGCCCAGCUUGCGCGCCUUUCUCGAUAACAAAAUCCGCCUGAUCGACUAUGAGCUCAUGCUUGAUCCUCGCACGGACAAGCGUCUGGUUUUGUUUGGUAGGUAUGCGGGGUAUGCGGGGAUGAUCGAUGGUCUGCACGGUCUGGGCCAGAGGCUACUUGCUCUGGGGUACAACUCGCCGUUCAUCCACAUGGGCCAGGCGCACGUCUACCCGAACCUUGAGUGCGUCAACACUAAGCUCCGCCACGUCGGCAACAUUAUUGCAGACCAGGGACUACCCGAGGCAUUUGCCCCGAUGAUCUUUACGUUUACGGGCUCAGGCAACGUCGCGCAGGGCGCACGCGCAAUUUUCGACAAGCUGCCCCAUGAAAACAUCACUGUGGACGAUUUGCCGCUGAUCUUCAAGGACCGCUAUAACGAGCGGUACAAGAACCGCCUUCUGGCCCUGCAGGUCAACGCUGAGGACUAUCUCGAGCGCAUUGGCGGCGGCAAGUACAGCAGGGAGGAGUACCGCCAGCAUCCCGAGCGCUACCGCUCGGUUUUCGCCCAGAAGAUUGCACCGUAUACGACCAUGCUAGUCAACGGCAUUUACUGGGAGUCAAAGUACCCGCGCUUGAUGUCCACUGCCGAUCUGGCCGCCAUUCAGGGCCAGCGCGAGCUGAAAAACCGCAUGCUGGCUAUUGCUGACAUUAGCUGCGACAUUGGCGGAAGUCUCGAGUUCAUGAGCCACGCGUCGACCAUUGACUCGCCUUUCUUCUACGUCGAUGCCAGGGAUGGGUUGGUCGAGCAUAAGGAUGUCGAAAAGCCCGGCGUCCAGAUCAAUUCCAUCGACAAUCUGCCGACCGAGCUCCCAUUUGAAGCCAGCCAGCACUUUGGCGACUCGCUGUAUCCAUUUGCAAAGGCAUUGGCCACUGGCGAGUUGGACCAUCCGGUGCUUAGCCGCGCUAUCAUCUGCCAGGACGGCUCGCUCACCAAGCAGCAUGAGCACUUGAAGAAGUCUUUGACUAAUUCGCAGGGCAUCCGGGUUGUUGACAACCGCAGAAAGAGCGUGCUGCUGGCCGGAUCAGGCAUGGUCAGCCAGCCACUGGUCGACUACUUGGCCAGUACCAAGGACACAGACAUCACAAUUGCGAGCAAUGACCUGGACGAGGCCAGGCGUCUCGCCCACCAGUUUCCCAACACCCAAGCGGCGCGACUGGACGUGAUGGACGCAGUGAGUCUCGACAAGCUCAUCAAAGAAAGCGAUGUGGUGGUCAGCCUUGUGCCAGCACACUUGCACCCACAAAUUGCCAGUGCGGCUAUCCGUCGACAGAAGCACAUGGUGACUGCCAGCUACCUGUCGCCCGAGAUGCAAAGGCUCGAUGCUUCGGCCAAAGACGCUUCUGUGACUAUCAUAAACGAGAUUGGGCUGGACCCCGGAAUCGAUCAUUGCAGCGCAAUGAAGAUAAUAGACGAGGAGCAUGCGCGCGGAGGCAAAAUCAAGUCGUUCAUUUCAUGGUGCGGCGGUCUCACAGCUCCAGAGAACAGCGACAAUCAACUCGGCUACAAGUUUUCGUGGUCGCCGCGCGGCGUACUGACUGCCGGGUUGAACAGCGCCAAGUACAAAAUAAAUGGACAGUUACGGCAGAUACCCGCGGGCAAGCUGUUCGCGCACAAAUUUGGCAACGUCCCGCUGUAUCCUGGAUUUGCCUUUGAGGGAUUGGCCAAUCGCGACAGUCUGCAGUAUGCUGACAUUUACGGGUUGGAUCUUAACAACAUGGACACCAUGUUCCGAGGCACCCUGCGGUACAGCGGCUAUUCCGAUAUCCUUGACUGUCUGCUAAGACUUGGCUUUUUGAGCCUAGAGCCAGGGACCGCGGUCGAUGCCGCUUCGGCAGCCACGUUUUUGCAACAGAUUUUGGGAGUUCGCAGCGGAGCUUCUGCCGAGACCGUUGCCCAAAGGCUGUCCGAAAGGCUAGGUGUUCAGCCUUCCAGCCCGCUGAUCGGUCGCCUGAUGCUGGCAUUUGAAGAGUUUGGCAUGCUCAGCUUUACCUCCACCGCAACUUCUGCCAGCAGAUUGAUUGCGCCCACUGUGUUGGAUGCGAUGGCCAAGGUGCUGCAGAAUUCGCUCAAGUUCAGAGCCAACGAGCGAGAUCUUGUGUGCAUGUCGCACGAGUUUGGCGUUGAGAGCGCCGACGGCAAAUCAUACGAUGUCCGGUGCUCAUCGCUCACAGUGUACGGCGACGCAAAGACCGGAGAGACUGCCAUGGCCCGCACGGUGGGAAUUCCGGCAGCCAUUGCCACGCGGCUGCUGCUCAAGGGUGCAGUCAAGUCUCGUGGCGUCAUCAGGCCGACAAUCCCGGAAGUGUACGAACCGCUCAUCGAGGAGCUCGAGCUAAGGGGUGUCGUUUUUAAUGAGAGCUCGAAAUCAGGCGUGCACAAUUCGCUGCAGCGCAGGAUGUCGUGGGCUUAGAGUAACCAUUUCAGCGGUUACAAAAAACAUAACCACAUUAAACGUCGUUUUUUCAUUUUUCUUUGAAUUUGCAAACAGCAGGAAUAAAGUAAAAUACUAAAAAUAUUAAAAUUUGAAGCAGUUAUUUCUCCGGUCUGCGUCAACAAAUUUAGUUAAAUUCUAUCGGUCAUUAUUUAUUGAUACUAAAAGCGUAAAACCAAUGCAAAUAUCAAUGGGUGACCUGAAGCG